AUGCCACAAAUUGAGGGCAGGGGAAAUCCUUUGAAUAAAAAGGGGGAUCCAUUUUUUGUGGGGGCCCUUGGAAAGAAUGCCCAACUCCUCAAGGAUUUAAAAUUCUGUAUAGAGAAUCCUAGAGUGAAAACCCUAGUGCCCACCAUAGCAAUCCCCAAAGGUUUGGUUGAUGAAUUGGGAGAUGGGCACGUGCGCAAAAUCUUGUGCCCACUGCCCUUAGUAUUGGGUCUGGACAAGCCUUCCGUUGUUCCAAAUUUUCUUAUGGCCUUGCAAGCUAAGGGCUGGGAUGCCGUACGCUUGAAUGCAUAUGUCACUAGGUGGGCUCGCUCAGAUUGUGCUCAAAUGUUGCUUGGGAUGAGGGAAACCGAUGCAAUUGUUUUAACUAGCAUAACAGAGACUCAGGGACUAUUGAAGAACCUUUUGUUCUUUGGGUGUUGA